AGUGUCAUUUCCUGUUGAAAUAGUUCCUUCCGCACAGCCUCGUUUUGCUCUUUCUUUCCCUUUGCUCUGCCGUGCGCCAUCAUGGGUCGUAUGCACGCUCCCGGAAAGGGCUUGUCCCAGUCCGCCCUCCCAUACCGACGCAGUGUGCCUACUUGGCUUAAACUGACCUCAGAUGACGUGAAAGACCAGAUCUUCAAACUGGCCAAGAAGGGUCUGACCCCCUCUCAGAUUGGUGUGAUCCUGAGGGACUCCCAUGGUGUGGCUCAGGUGCGCUUCGUCACUGGCAACAAAAUUCUGAGGAUCCUGAAAUCCAAGGGUUUGGCUCCUGACCUGCCCGAGGAUCUGUACCACCUGAUCAAGAAGGCUGUCGCUGUGAGGAAGCACUUGGAGAGGAGCCGAAAGGACAAGGAUGCCAAGUUCCGUCUGAUUCUGGUUGAGAGCAGAAUCCACAGGCUGGCCCGUUACUACAAGACCAAGAGAGUGCUCGCUCCCAACUGGAAGUACGAGUCCUCAACAGCAUCUGCUCUGGUGGCAUAAAUGCAACAAAACUUUUGAGAAAAUAAAAGGAUUUCUGUUAAAGUA